UGCUGACAAGUCAGUUGGUUUAAGCUUGAGCUUCGACUCGAUUCGCUCGAGUCCCGAAAAUUUGAAUAAAUGUUUCGCUAUUUGUUCCUAUGUGUGCUGAUAGCGCCCGAAGUAUUUAGUAAAGCUGAAUGUGAAAUCAGAUGGUUUCAAUGCACCAGCAACACAAGACCCAUAAAUUGCGAUGCAGAGGUGAACGAAGGUUGGAUUAGGUUGAGUAAGCUGUGCGAUGGCAACUGGGACUGUGCCGAUGGCAGCGAUGAGUCCAUUAUGGCCUGCAAACUGCAUCCGUCCCUCCAGGUUGAUCAUUAUUUCUAUUGUGCCAGCGGAGGAGUAAUCACAGAUAAUCAACGUUGCGAUGGCAACAGGGACUGUUGGGAAGGAUCGGAUGAGCUUGGUUGUCAAGGUACUUCCAGAGCUCCUCCACCAAAUACUUGCAGGGAUUCGGAAAUGGAAUGCCGGCCAGGUGAAUGUAUAUCCGUGGAGGGGUUGUGCAACCAUCAAGUUGACUGCAGCAAUGGGCGGGAUGAGUCCCUAUCGGAAUGCUUUGAGGAAUGUGACGUAGACCACUUUCAGUGCGGCUACGGAGCUUGCAUCAAAAACGAUCUGCUCUGCGAUAACAAGCCCGAUUGUCUGGACGGUGCUGAUGAGCUAUGGAAUGUGUGUGCGGACAUUGAAGGCUAUAAGCCAACGCCGUAUCGCAAUUGCAGCGAACCACUGGUAAAGUUAGAACCAAAGUUUGAUAAGGAUACCAAAUAUCACGUGGCUCGCGGCCAGAAAUAUGUGUGGCCCAAUGAGCCAGUGCACUUUACGUGUGGAUGGAACAAUCUGAUUGGCUCGGAAUGGAAUGUGUGCCAGUUAGAUGGCACUUGGCAUAAACCAUUGCCAAGUUGUGUAUCACGUAAAAGAAACUGAACAUUAUAAACGCAAUGCGUAAAUGCAAUAAAGAACAUUAAAUAUUAAAA